AUGGAGGAUCUACGUGGAGCAAGCGUACAAACGCGUGGAGACUUACCAAGGCCAUCAAGGGAAAUACAGCAGCACGAAGCAAAUUUAGAGAGGCAGCUCAGAGAGAUGAGGCAACGGGAAGAAAAUCUGCAAAGCCAACUAAGGGAGACACAGCAACGUGAAGAAAACACACAAAGGCAGUUGAUGGAGAUGCAGCAAAACUCUCAAAGACAGUUAAGAGAGAUGCAACAACGUGAAGAAAACUUACAACGUCAGCUGAGGGAGACACAGCAACGUGAAGAAAACUUACAAAGGCAUUUGAGGGAGAUGCAGCAAAACUCACAAAGUCAGCUGAGGGAGACACAGCAACGUGAAGAAAACUUACAAAGGCAUUUGAGGGAGAUGCAGCAAAACUCACAAAGUCAGCUGAGGGAGACACAGCAACGUGAAGAAAACUUACAAAGGCAUUUGAGGGAGAUGCAGCAAAACUUACAACGUCAGCUGAGGGAGACACAGCAACGUGAAGAAAACUUACAAAGGCAUUUGAGGGAGAUGCAGCAAAACUCACAAAGUCAGCUGAGGGAGACACAGCAACGUGAAGAAAACUUAGAAAGUCAGCUUAGGGAGAUGCGGCAGCGAUUUGAAAACUCCCAACAACGGGUUUCCACCUUGGAAAGACAGCUUAGAGACAAAGACCAGGAAGUAAAUGAGCUUGUGUUAAGUCUUUCGUUAGCCCAGCAAACAAUAAGUGAACAGCAUCAACAGGAAACAUGCGACUGGGUCAUUUCCCGCGAUGAAAUUCAAAUGACCAAUAAAUGCCUUGGCAGGGGAGGCUGGGGAAGUGUUUAUGAAGGCGUGUAUUGUGGCUGUACUGUAGCAGUAAAGCAAAUUCAUGAUCUGAUUCUCUCCCCUCAUAACAUACGUCUUUUUGAGAGAGAAAUGAAUAUUGCAUUCAAAUGCCGCCAUCCUCACUUGCUACAGUUUAUCGGCGCCACUAACGAUGAGGGAAACCCUCUGUUUGUGACGGAGCUGAUGGAAAAAAGUUUGCGAGCUCUGUUAGAACAGCGACAACUCUCCGAGAUAGAAAUACGUGUCAUUCUUCUGGAUGUAGCCCGAGCAAUCAACUACCUUCAUCAGAAGAAACCAGAGCCUAUCAUUCACCGGGAUGUGAGCAGUGCUAAUGUGUUGCUAUGGCGACAAGGCGACCAAUGGUGGGGCAAAGUGUCAGAUUAUGGCACUGCUAAUUUCAUGCAGCAGACCAUGACAGUGGCUCCUGGAGCUAUGAUUUACUGCGCACCCGAGGCACUUACAUCAAACCAAACGGUCAAGGUGAGUUUUCUUGAAUUUAGGGCUUUUCUGAUUCAACACUGUUUCAUCAACACGUUUGACAUUUAGAAGAAACGCGUUGGUGCAUUGAUCUUGAGCGCCUAGGAUUUUAAGGCCUGGUUGAUCGUUUACUCACACAAAAGAAACUCAACUACUCUAUGUCCUUCUUCACCUCGGUGUAAAAUUGGAAGCAGCAAAUUGAUGCUGAUCUGUUUAGCUUUGUGUGAGCCAAACUAACAUUCUGUGCUGAGUGGGAGUGGCAAUAUCUCUUCACAGUAAUUUUCAAGGAGUUAUAAUUACUCCUCUAGUGGGGCUAAUUUAACUCCUUACAGUGGAGUUAUUUUUUGGGGAGUUAGUUUAACUCCAAAAAGGAGUUUAAAGAACUCUUUUUCAGGAGUAAAAGUGACCUCAGAUAUUGACAAGUUAAAAUAACCCCAAAAAAGGAGUUAUCCUGUACCUAAAAGUUUUAUUCCACUUUCAGAGUUAAAUUAACUCAAAAAAGAGUCAAAAACAACCCAUUUAAGGAGUAAAAAUAACCCCAUUUCGGAGUUAUUUUAACUCCAGACUGGGAGACUCUUUCGGGAGUACAAAUGACCCCAAAUUCGGAGUUAAAUUAAGAGUUAAAGUAACCCCCAAGAAGGGGUUAUCCUGUACCGAAAAUUUUUACUCCGUUUUUGGAGUUAUAAUAACUCCCUAAAAAUUACGGUGUUGCUGCUUAAUUCCCAGCCAAACGGUGGUAACGGUGUUAGUUUUAUGCUUCAUCGAUUGACCUCAAACAUUCAUCGGUAAUCUCUACUACUGUAUUGAUCGUUUUCCAGGAGUUUACGAAACGAAAACAAGCUGUAGACGUGUGGUUUUCUCAUUACAGUCGAACCCCGCUAUUUCGAAGUCCCAAGGGAAAUGGAAAAAAGUUCGAAAUAGCGGGAUUACGAAAUAACCGGGGAAGCGUAAAGGGAAGGGUAAAUCCAAGGGACUUUGUUCUUCCUUCGAAAUAGCGAGGACUUCGAAUUAACCGAGUUCGAAAUAGCGGGGUUCGACUGUAAUUGUUCAGUUCGAAAAUCGUGCUGGAGACUUAGAGUCAAACCUUUCCAAAACGACUGCCUUUGGGAGAGAGUAACGUCACCGCGCGGGAAAGUGGCCGUUACAGUGAAGUCAGUUCAAGGGUACCCCCGCAAGAUUCCAUUGAUGAAUUUAUUUUGCGAAAGUCGAAUCCGUUGGUAGUUGUAGAUUUCUGAUUCAUCUCUGCAUUCUUGGAUACACAAUUUGCCGUCAAUUCACACGCGAAGCAGUUCUGAUAUUUCUAUCAGCAUAGUUUCCCUGAAUUUGAUGUAAAUGUCUUCGAAGCAAUUUUAUCCAUUCAAAGAUUUUCAAUCUGACCAAAUACAGAAAAGUUCUCGUUGAAAUAUUCACUGCUCAUUACGCGUGCAGGAAUGCCGAUUUGAAUUUGAAGCUAGUUACGGGAACGACGGAUCAUUUUUCAAAUAAUCAGUUCAUUAAUAGAACAUGAUAUUGGAGGGCGGGGUGUAAAGUGACUCCAUGGUUUAUUUGGGGGAGGUUGGGGGGAGGAGUUUACAAUAUCUGGGUGAAGUUUAUCCUUCAGCUUAAUAAGAUCUCAAACAGAAUGUAAUACUUACAGUCUAUCCAGUUCAAGCGUACCCCCCAAGAUUCGAUUAAUGAACUUAUUAUUCUAAAGUUGAAUCCGUUGGUGUUUGUAGAUUGGAGAUUCAUCUCUGCAUUCCUGUAUGCUUAAUGAGCAGUUAAUUGACACGCGAGGUACAUGCAGUUACCAGUUCUAGUAGCUUUGUUUUCUUGAAUUUGAUGUAAAUGUCUUUGAAGCAAUUUUAUCCAUUCAAAGAUUUUUCAAUCUGACCGAAUACAGAGAGGCUAUCGUAAAAACGUCACUGCUAAUCACGCAUACAGAAAUGCAGAAUUGAAUAUGAUACUGGUUGCGUAGUUACAAAAAGAAGGAAUGAUCUAAAAUGACCUAAAAACGAGCUACAACGGUAUCUAAAAUAAAUAUUUGAAGAUGUCUCAAAUAACCUUAAAUUAUUAAACUAAUACAGGCAAUAGGAAUGUAAUUUCGCUUACCCCGCAUGUGGUUUCGAAAGAGUUCUUCUGUUAAAAUAUGUCUCUAACAUGUUUCCUGAAGAACGCAACAAAGUUACGUUGACACACAACACAACUGGAUUAGCAUGACACGUAAUCCUCUUAGUCGCGCGGCGCAAAGAUGGUGACGCGAUAAUAAGCCAGUUUGCUUAACAAAUCAGUUGCCAUUAGAGCUCACAGCGCACUUGUUCUACAUCAAUAAAAUCUCCUUUGCUGGGCAAAUUCCAAUUGUUGUGCUGCGAAUUCUGUACCAAACGAUCAAGCCUAAUUUUAGCAUCUUACAUAUUCCUGGCGAAAUUUUAUUUAGAGUCUGAUCUCAGGUUUAAUACCGUCAGGUAAACUCAAGAUUUUUGCGCCAUCAGCUCUACUCCAAUCAAAACAGUGUUGCUGGGCGAACUUUUUUCUUCGUGUCUCCGCACCGCGUGACAAGAAGACUUACGUGACACACUAAUCCUGCUCUUUGUCAACGUAAAGUUUAUAUUGAGUUGUUUAUUAGGAAACCUUCAACGGUGUAACUAAGAAGUAGAAUUGUUUCGAAACCACUUGCGAGGUCAGUAAAAAAAAAAUUAACAUUAAAAAUGUGUGUAUCGUUCAUAGGUUGAUGUUUAUAGCUUUGGUGUUCUUCUUUGUGAAAUGUGCGUCCGGGAACUUCCAGAUCCUAGAAGGCGUGAACAGCAAGUUCUGCUCAUGACGAACCAUGUGUUGAGAGGCCUGGUACGGCGAUGCCUGCAGAUAGAUCCUGAAGCGAGACCAACCAUGCAGAGGAUAAUCGAUGAACUAUCAGGCUCUGUGUAA